AUGAACAAGACAGAAAGGUCAGAGGAAGAACAAGCGGCAACUUUACAGGAUUUGAACAAUGACGAGCUUGACAAGCUUAUUCCUGCUGUAAUAUUUCUCUCCGUCAUUUCACUGACUGGCAUAGUCGGAAAUAGUUUAGUUAUUCACAUUUACAGAACGCGAUUCAAGUUUUCUAACGUUCAGUGUUUUGUUCUAACUUUGGCAGCUAUAGAUUUGUGUUCAUGUUGUGUAGCUAUUCCUCUUGAGACAGUCACUCUUCUAGACAAGUUUACAUUUAAGCCUGGAUGGCUCUGUAAAUUGGCCAGAUUCAUAAAUGGCGUUUGCACAAAUGCCUCAACGUUUAUGCUGAUAAUGAUAGCUGUCGAAAGAUUCCUGAAAAUUUUGAAACCAUUUGAAUGGCAAAUCAAAGCAUCCGUCGCAAAGAUGUUAUGCGUUGCAUCUGUGAUCCUCGCAACGAUGGUUUCAUGGCCUGCUAUCGUCAUUUACGGAAAAGAUACUUUCGAUAUCCCGAAAUUCAAUCUCACCGGAAGUGCAUGUAAGACUGAUAAUAAUGUAAAAGAUACGCCAUUUCCGGUUGUGUACACACUUGCUCUUGCGAUUUUGUUUAUUUGCAGCGUAAUCUUAUUGGUUAUAUUGUAUUGCAUGAUUGGAAACAACGUGAGAAGCCGCGUUCGUAACAUGAAGGACGGUCUAGUAAAAGCUGGUUCACAAGCUUACAUCCGAAGAACCACUUUCGUCAUGUAUCUGGUUACUAUAGCGUUCAUUUGCAGUUUCCUCCCACAUCUUAUUGUGAGGCAAUUCAAAAGCAAGUUUUCCGCAGACGGUUCUUCCAGCGGAAGUGAAGGUGUUUACAAAAUUUUGACAAGAUCCUACUUCCUGAACUGCGCAGUAAAUCCUAUUAUUUACAGCAUUUUUGACUCGCAUUUCCGGCGUGCGUGUAAGAGAAAAGCAUCUGGAGACUCAACCACAUGUACAAAGGCAGGGGCGUAACUGAGUUAUUUUGUUCUGUACUACUUAACUAGGUGGGUUCGGGGCCAUGCUCCCCCGAGAAAAUUUUUGAAAGAGGAAGCGAUAUAUAUCCUGGCAUUUCGUGACUAUCUAGAGGCUAUAUAUUGAAAACAGAUUGGUGAUGAUUUCAAACUCUUUUUAUCAAUUUUAAAAUAUGUAAAAUAAAC